AUGGUUUUCUCCUAUUCAAGAAAAGAUCUGCUAGCAAUUAUUCUGGUAAUAGUUGUGGUCGGAACCUCGCCGAAAUGGGUUUCCGGCCAGAAUUGCGGCUGUGCACCGAACUUAUGCUGCAGCCAAUAUGGUUAUUGUGGCACUGGUAAUGACUACUGUGGAAAAGGGUGCCGGGCCGGCCCUUGCUAUGCUUCACCCAGCAACGGAGGUUCGGUUGCUAAUAUUGUGACAGAUGCGUUCUUCAAUAGUAUUGCUAAUCAAGCUGCAGGAAAUUGUGCCGGAAAGGGAUUCUACACGAGAGCAGCAUUUCUCGAAGCUCUUAGUUCAUAUCCAAAGUUCGGGACUGUUGGUUCCGCAGAUGAUUCCAAACGCGAAAUUGCUGCAUUCUUUGCUCAUGUUACUCAUGAGACUGGACAUUUCUGCUAUAUAGAGGAAAUAGGCGGCCCAUCUAAAAACUAUUGCGACCCGAAUAACCAACAGUAUCCUUGUGUCCCUGGCAAGGGUUACUAUGGGCGAGGUCCUCUACAACUAUCGUGGAACUACAACUACGGAUCAGCCGGAAAAAGCAUAGGUUUUGAUGGUUUAAGAAAUCCAGAAAUCGUAGCCACAAAUCGCGUAGUGUCGUUCAAGACUGCUCUCUGGUUUUGGAUGAAUCAAUGUCACAAUAUUAUAACUUCAGGCCAAGGUUUUGGAGCUACAAUUCGGGCUAUUAAUGGUAAUGAAUGCAAUGGUGGCAAUUCGGGGGCGGUUAAUGCUCGAGUUGGAUAUUACAAUGACUACUGCAAUAAACUUCAAGUUAAUCCUGGCAAUAAUCUGAGAUGCUAA